UAAAACCUCCGACAAAUAUAUAGACACAGCCUCUUAUUUGCCAGCCAAAACACGCAUAUCCAAAGCAAACAAAGAAGGGAUAACAUGGCACUGAGGUUGUGGGCUUCUUCAACUGCCAAUGCACUGAGAAUCUCUGUUGCCUCCACGGCUCACCUCUCUCCUUCCUACUCCCUCUCAAGAUGCUUCUCUACUGUUGUAGAUGGGCUGAAGUAUGCAUCUUCACAUGAGUGGGUGAAGCAUGAAGGUCCGGUGGCCACUAUUGGCAUUACAGAUCAUGCUCAGGAUCAUCUGGGAGAAGUGGUGUUCGUAGACUUGCCAGAACCGGAAGGUUCUGUCAGCCAAGGGAAGAGCUUUGGAGCAGUGGAAAGCGUGAAAGCAACUAGUGAUAUCAAUUCUCCAAUCUCCGGCGAGAUUGUUGAGGUUAAUACAAAGCUUAGUGAAACUCCUGGACUGAUAAAUAAAAGUCCAUAUGAAGAGGGAUGGAUGAUCAAGGUGAAGCCAAGCAACCCAUCAGAAUUACAGUCCCUACUUGGUCCAAAGGAAUACACAAAAUUCUGCGAGGAAGAAGAUUCUCAUUAGAAUUUUAGUACGCUUUGCAAAUGUUAUUGUCCUGAACUAACCUUUCUAAGAACGUAAAAAGGUUUCAUGUCCUCUGAAUUCUUGUCAAUUAUUACAAAAAAUAUUUUCCAACUCUGUCCAGUAUUUUCUUGUUUUUUAUGUUGUAAUUCUGCAUGUUUCUUCUAAUCGGGAACCGUUUCUUCCCUCACUUCCUCU